CCGCUUUCUUUCAAUAUAUAUGAGUGUAAAUAUUUCAUGUAGCUCGCUUGCUGGCUUGUCGCCGAUGCUAACUAGUGUCUGCUGUCAGUUGAAUUGUUGGUUGUAAUAACAAUGUCGUUUUUAGCUAAUCACAUAGUCACCAUUUUAUGUGUCUAGCGUUAACUGUGUUGUUUCGCAUUAUGAACAAAAACACAACUUCUUGAUUUGAGUUUUUUUUAAACUUUAGUAACCGGCAGGAGACGAUACAGCACAGCAGUGUAGUGAUGUUCCUAACUCAGGGUCCAGCGGACUAGACUGAACCAAGUGCUGAAUUUGUUUAAAUUGUUUACCUGUAAGGGUGAAGCCUUGCCUGUGCUGUUCUCUGCUACAGGAGUCUGUAGACCAAGUGUCCAACCUGUCUCCUCUUCGCCACAACGCUGGAGCUGACUGUAACCAUGGUGACCAGAGCUCACUGUUGAGCCAGCGGGAGAUGGUGUUGGAAAACCACGAUUAUCUCCAUCACCGUGAAACACUGGCCUCAAAGGUUUCAGCGGAAGAGAGAGGAGUGUGGUGCGAGUCUGAUGUCCCUGUAGUACAACAGAACAACCUCGACAACACAACAUCAUCCACUAAGAAGUCUUUCCCUUGCUCUGUGUGUGGACGACUCUUCACUACAAAACAGUCCCGGGACCGACACAUGAAGACCCACACGGGAGAGAAGCCGUUCCACUGCACCGUGUGUGGGAAGAGCUUCUCUCAGCAGUCCUCCUUUAGGAUACACCAGAAGAGCCACACGGGGGAGAAGCCCUACCGCUGCCUUGCACCUGACUGUGGGAAGAGCUUCUACCAAUCAGGAGCCUUGUUGAGACACGGAAGGGGUCACGCUGAGGGUCGACUAGACUAAGAGCUGCUGGAGAUGUGCUGCCACACCAACAGGAGCUGCUUGUCCAACAGGACGAUACCAGUAACAAGAAUUCUAAACUUCAGGCUGUAGUGGAUGUGCUGCCAGAGCAAGAGGAUGUCCGUCGGGCUCAAGGAGACAGUCCUGCCCCUCCUCCCAGCUCCGUCCCCUCUACACCGGGAGGACUACCUGUCCAACACCAGCAGAACCACAACAACACUUCCAACACCUGUCAGAAGUGCGGAGAGCAGUUCUCUACCUUCUACAAGCUGCGUGUCCACCUGACCACCCACAGGGAGAGAAGCCCUUCUCCUGUCCAGACUGUGGUCAACGCUUCUCAGCCCGGGGCUACAUGGAGUCACACCAGAGGGUACACAUCAAGGAGAGACCACACCCCUGCCCCGACUGUGGUAAAAGGUUCCUCUCCCUGGGAGACCUGAAGAGACACCAGCAGAGCUUCUCCGAGGAGAGACCGUACAGCUGCUCCGAGUGCAGGAAGAGUUUCACCCAGCCGGGGUUCCUAAGGGCACACCAGAGGACACACACCGGGGUAAAAGGUUACCGCUGCCCCUACUGUCACAAGGACUUCUUCACUGCCUCCAGUCUGAGGAGACACAGGAAGCAGGCGCAUGCGGAAGAGACCGUUACGCUGCCCCCUAGUGGUGGGCUCCAACUGUCACAUGCUGGAGAGAGCCUGGGUCAAGCUGAAGCUGGUGUACCAGGACUGAAGGUCAUAGUGAAGGAGGAGGAGGAUCCUGCUUUUGGUGAGUACAUGUUCUGUCACAUGUCAUG